AUGAUUCUUUUCUCUGUUUCUUUUUUCUUCUUUUGUCUGUAUGUGAGUAGGGAGAUAUACUUUCUUCCUCCUUUCCUUCUUUUUCUUUCCUUUUCUUUUUAUUCUGCAACACGUAUACACACACACACGCAUACGUACGGACAAACACAUACGCAUAUCUAUCUAUCUAUCUAUCUAUCUAUCUAUCUAUCUCUCUCUCUCUCUAUAUAUAUAUAUAUGGAAAAAGAGUACUUGUACAUUCGAGAGAUUGCCCAAAUCAUUUCUACAAAUCUGACCAAAUAUCUUUAUUCUUUGGCGGGAGAAGAGGACGCUAUCUCAGCCUGUUUCUAUCUAUCUAUCUAUCUAUCUAUCUAUCUAUCUAUCUAUCUAUCUAUCUUGCACAUUUGGAACAUUAUUUCCCUUUAUAAAUGCGAUAUUUUUUUUCUUUCACUUUCCACACUGGCCUUUCUGCACGUUUCUUUUGUCUUUGUUUUUAUUUAUUUAUUUAUUUAUUCCUUUCUUUCUUUCUUUCUUUCUUUCUUUCUUUCUUUCUUUCUCCACAUUGCCUCUUUGUCCAUGUCACAUUUAUUAUGCUACCUACACAAACGCUACGAGCAUUAUCUAUCUAUCUAUCUAUCUAUCUAUCUAUCUAUCUAUCUAUCUAUCAUUCAAAAUAAAAUUGUGUAUUUGCUUGCUACUGGCUGGCUUAAAGAGCCAACGGCUGACACUCAAGAGCAGAUAGAAGGAUAUCUCUAUCUCACCGACUUAGUUUGCUCGUAUCUACCUAUCAAUAUCACACUGUCUCGUUUUCUUUCCCUUUAUGCCUGGAACGUUUAUUACCUUUCUGUCUUUGUUCGUAUCUCAGACUUUCACUUUCUCUCCUCGUCUCUUUCUAUUUCUCUUUCUCUCUUUUUUUUUCCAAUUCGUAUUCAUUUCUAUCUUUUCCUAUCAUCAUGGCCACUGAGUUCAUUCUCUGCAAAUGUAACAAUUUUCACUCUUUCUUUCUUUCUUUCUUUCUUUCUUUCUUUCUUUCUUUCUUACUUUAAAUCAUCAUCCUUAGCUUCUUUUUACUUUUUCGGUGUUUCAUUUCUUCGUUAUAUUUUGUUGUUUCUUCAUUUUUUACUUCUUUAUAUUCAUUUAUUAUUAUUAUUAUUUGCACAAUAG